CUGUAGAUGCCGCGGCGGGCGCUAUGGUGGGCGACGGGGAUGGCGGGAGGGCUCCAAGUUCAAGAGAAGCAUCAGUUUAUGACUCUACAAGAGGAGAUGCGAAGAAGAGCAAGAACCACCGAUCUCUCUCGCUUCGAGGACAGAGGCAUCAUACGUCGGUUCAAGACGCGGCAGGGAGAGGAGCUUGUGGUUGUUGAUGACAAGACCCUAAUUGACUCCACAGAAGAAGAAUGGCAACAAGCAUUUCAUUUUGUCUUGUUGAAGUUGGAUGAUGUUUCGGACGCUAAAUACUCGUUGCUUUAUCGACAUUCACGUUCCGUCCGCCUCCCCUCCUUUGCCUGGUGGAGGAGGUGCUACCUGGCACUUGGUAGGCAGAUUACAAAGCAUGCUUGCAAGGUGUAUGUCGAAUCCCCAUCGUUUGCCUGCAGGGAAAGAAUAGUCUUCUUAUCAAAUAUAGUAUCUGAAAAAGGGCUUCAAAAGAUUCAUAAGGUCGAGGACUUGAAGGCGCUUGUGCAGGACGAGGAUUAUGAGCAGCUGCAAACAACAAUGCCGCGACCGCAGGUGCCCGAGGCAAGAGGAGCUUCAACAAGGCUCUUCCUUGAUAUUGUUCUGGAAGGAAUUCUUUACAAACAGAGCAAGGACAAGAAUUUGAUUGGGGUGAAAACAUGGAAGAAGCGAUGGGUGGCUGUAGGUAGAGAGGCACUCUACCUUUACAACACUUCCUCGAGACCAGAUGCAGACCAGGAGCCAAAGUCAAUCAUCCUCCUUGAGGGCGUGAGUCUCGUUCCUUGCCACUCCUCCAGCAAGCGCCCGUACACCUUCGCCCUUCAGUUGCCUGCGCGUAGUGCAGACUCAGAAUCCACAGAAGUGAUAAACUUUGCUGGUCAGUCAGACAAUGAUGUUCAGCGAUGGAUCACAGCGAUCUCUUCUCAGGCAUCAAGCACCAAAGUGUUCGGGUGUUCCCUUGAAGUUCACUUGCGCAGCACCAACAGUUUGUUGGAGCUUCCUGUCGUGGCGAAGAGAUGUAUUGCAGCAAUCAAGCAGAGAGGACUGAAGAUUGAAGGAAUCCUUCGUGUUGCUGGAUCUGCUCUGCGAAUUCAGCGCUUGCGGUUGUUGUUUGAUGUUGUUGGAGACUACGAUGUGGAAGAAGAGGCAGAUAUCCACACUGUGGCGAGCUUGUUAAAACUGUACCUUCGCGAGCUGCCAGAGCCAGUCGUUCCUUUUGAGUUCUACCAAGAUUUAGUGCAAUUGAUCGACACGAAGACUGAAGCGAAGGUACCUGAAUCGAAGUUGGAGAAACUUGGUCGCAUCGUAUGUCUAUUACCUGAUUGCAAUAAGAGACUCUUGACUGCAUUGCUGGAGCUUGCUGUCGAAAUCAUCGACAAUGUUGAUGUGAACAAGAUGUCGGCUCAAGGCAUGGCAACUGUGCUGGGUCCAAGUCUUCUUCGUCCCAACAGACCUCCUGAGGAUUCUGCGAGCGUGCAAAUGCUAUCAGACUCGAUUGCAGCCAAUCGAGUAACUCUCGUCCUUGUCCAAAACUUCGAGUUCUUUCGGCCCUACUUGUCGACGAUUACGAUAGACUCAAACUCCCCGGAGACUGAAACUUACGAGGAGUUCAAGGAAAGAGUCUGCCGCCAGUUAAACCUAGGUGCUCUUGACAAACCAAAGCCUCGCUCGGCCAAGGAUGGUGGACUGUCACUGUCUGUUCUGUCAGAAGAAGUAGAGAAAUUGCAAAAGAUCUUACAAAACGACAAGGACGAUCCUGAGAACUGGGAGAAUCUUGCGUCGGCUCAGACCAAGGCCUGCGAGUAUCAAGAUGCUGUCUCGUCAUACAAGAAGGCGAUUGAACUGCACGCGAAGCAGGGGACCAGCAAUGCACAGAACUACAUUAAGGAAUAG